UCUCAUGUAAUUCACAUAUCUCUCUAAUUUGAUCAUAUAGAUAUUUAUUGUUUUCUCUUGAAAGAAACAAAAAUGAGAAGCUUUCUUUAUCUCAUUGUAGUCAUCUUUCUCUUCUCAUCAUCUGUUAACGCUUGUGAUCGAUGUCUUCACAUUUCUAAAGCAGCUUAUUUCUCCUCUGCUUCUGCUCUCUCUUCUGGAGCUUGUUCUUAUGGCUCUAUGGCUACAAGUUUCUUCGCCGGACACAUAGCCGCAGCUAUACCUUCGAUCUACAAAGACGGCGCUGGCUGUGGAGCUUGCUUUCAAGUCAGAUGCAAGAACCCUAAGCUGUGUAGCACUAAAGGAACCACUGUGAUGAUCACAGACUUGAACAAGAGCAACCAAACUGAUCUUGUCCUUAGUAGCAGAGCUUUUAGGGCUAUGGCUAAACCUCUUGUUGGUGCUGACAGAGAUCUUCUCAAACAAGGCAUUGUCGAUAUCGAAUACCAAAGAGUUCCUUGCGAUUACGGGAACAAGAAUCUAAACGUGAGAGUCGAAGAAGCAAGCAAAAAGCCAUACUACUUAGAGAUAAAGCUUUUAUACCAAGGAGGUCAAACCGAAGUAGUAUCAAUCGACAUUGCUCAGGUCGGUUCAUCGCCAAAUUGGGGUUACAUAUCCAGAAGCCACGGAGCUGUAUGGGCAACUGACAAAGUACCAACCGGCGCUCUUCAGUUCAGAUUCAUAGUAACCGGCGGCUACGACGGUAAAAUGAUUUGGUCACAAAGUGUUCUUCCAUCCAAUUGGGAAGCUGGCAAGACUUACGACGCCGGCGUUCAAAUCACAGACAUUGCUCAAGAAGGUUGUGAUCCAUGCGAUGCUCACAUCUGGAACUAACUUAUAUAGGCACAUAAACAAAACAUCCUUCA